GCACAUCCCCCAGAUAGACCUCCACGUUACACACUACCCAAAUCAAUACAUUCCCCACUCCAUUCGAACAUCAAUCUCGCUCCAUCCCACCACCGACCUCACCAUGGCAGGCCCCAUCCGCGUAGCCGCCUGCCACGCCUCCCCCAUCUUCCUCUCCGCAUCCCAAACCACGCAAAAAGCCCUCUCGCUCAUAAAAACCGCCUCCCGCAACUCUGCCAACCUAAUCAUCUUCCCCGAAACCUACAUCCCGGCCUUCCCCCUAUGGAGCUCCAUCCGCGCUCCAACCCAAAACCACGCGCUAUUCCGGCGCAUGGCCGAGCAAUCCAUCCUCGCCGACGGCCCGGAAAUCCAGGCUCUGCAGUCCGCCGCCCAGCAGACGAAAACCUACAUCAGCGUCGGGAUUUCGGAGCGCGUGCGGUAUAGUUCUGGCACGCUGUUUAAUUCGAAUGUGACGAUUGGCCCGGACGGGCGCGUGCUGAACCACCACCGCAAGCUGAUGCCCACGUUCUUCGAGAAACUGACGUGGGCGCCGGGCGAUGGGCACGGGCUGCGGGUUGUCGAGACGCCGUGGGGGAAUGUCGGGGGCUUGAUUUGUGGGGAGAAUACGAAUCCAUUAGCAAGGUAUAGUCUCAUGGCGCAGGGCGAGAGGUUGCAUGUUUCGACGUGGCCGGCGGCGUGGCCGACGCGUGUUGCGGAUGAGGCAGUGGAGGCGGGCGGGCAGGGGAAGGACUAUGACAAUGUGGCGGCAAAUCGGAUUCGGGCUGCGGCGCAUUGCUUUGAGGCGAAGGCGUUUGGGGUGCUGUGUAGCGGGCAUCUUGAUGAGGGGGCUAUUGAGACGAUUGCAAAUGGUGCGGAAGAUGCUGAGCAUAUUAGACGUGUGCUUGGGACAGCGCAGCGGGGGGCUACGAUGUAUCUGGAUCCUACUGGUGCGCUCAUUCCUGGGUUCACUGUUGAUGGCUCGACAGGGGAGAAGAAACAGGUUGACUUUCUGCAGAAAGAGGAGGACAUAUUGUACGCUGAUCUCAACCUGGCGGAUUGUGUGGAGGGGAAACAGUACCAUGACGUUGUUGGCGGGUAUCAGAGACAUGAUAUCUUCAAGCUGACGGUUAAUCGCGAGAGGCAGGUGCCAAUACGAUUUCUUGAUCCGCCCCAGCCUGUCGAAAGAGACAGCCAGGACGAUCAGACUCAGGGUUGAAGAAGCAAUGAAGCAACACUCUUAUACUAGAAUCGUGACGUUGCUGUCAGUGACAUUCGAUCCCCGGCUCCAUCGCCAAUUCAUUAUGAGCGAAGAAGCGUUCGAAAUAUCUCAGUCAAGAUAUUGUUUGCAUCAAUUCCGCAUUUCUAAAUCGCGGACCAAGCGUUAUCCACUGGAACCAGCACGCCAUUGAUACUCUUCGCCUCAUCCGAUGCCAGGAACGCAAUCGC